GUAAUUCCCACUUUUUUGGAGAAGACGCCAUCUUGGUAAUUUUUGGAUGUGUGGGACCUUGUAACAGCUACAACAAUGGCAGCGGUAGAUAGCCAAAAUUACGAGAAUCAGAUAUCUGAAUCCAAAUCAGAGCACAGAGAUCGGGACAGAGACCGUGACAGGGAGAGGAGUCGUAAGCGCCGUUCCCGGAGCAGAAGCAGGUCUGGCUCGCCCCGUGGUGGUGGCGGCCGCAGCGGCGGGGACCGCAGGAGGCGUGGCGGUAGAAGUCGAUCCCGUAGCGGCAGCAGGGACAGGGGCCGACGGAGAAGGGUGAUCGGUGGCCUGGAUGAUGACAAAGCACCAGUCCUUCCUGCAGGCCGGUCCCCCCGGAGGUCCAGGCGCCGUAAGCCGUACCAGUACUGGGACGUUCCCCCGCCGGGCUUCGAGAACAUCACUCCUAUGCAGUACAAGGCCAUGCAAGCUGCUGGCCAGGUCCCAUUGCUCGCCAGUGCCGGAGGCGCAGCGUCCAUGCCAUCCAUGCUGGCUGCUAGUGCUGGAGAAAUGACGAGGGUAGGCAACAUAGCAUCAGAUAUGCCGGGGCUGGGCAACAUGGCAUCAGCCACUGGCUCCAUCCCGAGCGCGGCGUUGUUGGCUAACGCAGGCACGGCCAUGCCGAUUGGCAGCCAGAUGACCAGGCAAGCCCGCCGGCUGUACGUGGGCAACAUUCCGUUUGGUGUCACAGAGGAGGCUAUGAUUGACUUCUUCAACACCCAGAUGCACCGUGCCAGCCUGGCCCAGGCACCCGGCAACCCUGUCCUCGCCUGUCAGGUCAACCUGGACAAGAACUUCGCCUUCCUGGAGUUCCGAUCUGUGGAUGAAACGACCUUGGCCAUGGCGUUUGAUGGCAUCAUCUUCCAAGGUCAGUCCCUGAAGCUGCGCCGCCCCCAUGACUACCAACCAGUCCCCGGCAUGGCGGAGAACCCGGACAUCCACGUGCCAGGUGGGUUCCCCGUUAUUCCAGGCGUGGUGUCAACAGUGGUGCAGGACUCCCCGCAUAAGAUCUUCAUCGGUGGACUUCCCAACUACCUAAACGACGAUCAGGUCAAGGAACUUCUCCUGUCAUUCGGCCAGCUCAAAGCCUUCAACCUGGUUAAGGACAGCUCCACUGCCUUGUCAAAGGGAUAUGCCUUCUGUGAAUAUGUGGAUCCCAACGUCACAGACCAGGCUAUAGCUGGACUGAACGGAAUGCAGCUUGGAGACAAGAAGCUGAUUGUCCAAAGGGCCAGCGUCGGUGCCAAGAAUGCACAGAAUCAACCUGUCCAGCUACAGAUCCCAGGCCUGACCCUGACUGGCAACGCGGGACCCCCAACGGAGGUGCUCUGUCUCAUGAACAUGGUCAUGCCAGAAGAGCUCAUGGACGAGGAGGAAUAUGAAGAUAUCCUGGAGGAUGUGCGUGAGGAAUGUGGGAAGUACGGUGCAGUGUUGAGUGUGGAGAUCCCCAGGCCUAUUGAGGGGGUGGAUGUCCCUGGGUGUGGCAAGAUUUAUGUGGAGUUCAGGUCCAUCAUGGACUGUCAGAAGGCCCAGCAGGCUCUGACCGGCCGCAAGUUCGCCCAGCGUAUCGUAGUUACGUCGUACUACGACCCCGACAAGUAUCACAGACGAGAUUUCCAGUAGAGCGUGAUCGAUCAGCAGCUUUCUUUUCUCAACACACAGCAGUGGAUACAUCAUAGGACCACCAAACGAUAAUACAAUAGAUCUCUGAUUGUUUAGUUUUUCUUGCUGUUCAUAUUGCCUCAGCCCUUGCUAACCCAUGUAGCUUUCAUUGGUAACUGUGUUCUGAAGUGUAAUAGUAAGAAAAAUGAUCAAGUAUAUCUCUAGGGCCCUCAUGCUGCUUUUUUGAGUACAUUUUUGUUACUUCCAGUGUUUUUUGGUCAGCACUGUAUAUAGUCAGAUCAUGUGUGGUCACCAGUAAGUUUUGUAGACAAUGUUUCAUGCUCUUUUUCAUCAUCCAGUGGUGUUGUAUACUAACUUCCUACUUCAAAGCAACUGGACGUAUUUGUAUGACAUUUUGACCGGGGCCACAAAAAUGAUUCAAACCAAAGCCAGGCUUGUAUUAAACAUAUUCAGGAUACUUCGUGUUGAGAUUCAGUUGGGGAGGGAUAUUAUAGAUACUUGUAGUAGAGUAACAUCAGUCAUCUGUAUUGAUGUCUGUUGUUUUGCAUCCAUAAACCAUUUAAGUUUUACAGUUUAACUUUUUAGUACCCUUGUUGUAAUGCUGUGCAGAAUACACAGGCAUCUGUUGUUUGAUAGUCCUUGUGGUAAGUGAACAUUGCUAUUACCAGGAUAGUCCUGCCGAGUGACUGAAACUUAGAUGUGUAGAGUUCGGCACAGGUUUUAAUGUGGCAUGUUAUGUACAUGCUUACUUGUAUUGUACGACAGUCUUGGAUACAACAAGUCUUUGUAACAGAAAGGUAAAUAAAAACAGUGACUGUUGA